AUGAAUCCGCAGCAGUUUUCCCUGCGAUGGAACAAUUACACCACCUACAUAGCCGGUGCAUUUGACGCGCUGCGCUACGAGGAGGAUCUAGUGGAUGUGACACUGUGUUGCGAGGGCCGCAAAAUUCGCGCUCACAAAAUCCUGCUGUCGGCGUGUAGUCCGUACUUCAAGGAUGUGUUCAAGGAAAACCCAUGUCAGCAUCCAGUGAUAAUUUUCAAGAACGUGCGCUACACUGACCUGAUGUCGCUGGUGGAGUUCAUGUACCAGGGCGAGGUAAGCGUGCCGCAAGAGCAGUUGCCAUCCUUCCUGCACACGGCCGAAAUACUGGCGAUCCGCGGGUUGACGGACAAUACAACCGAUGCGCGUCAACCGUCCAGCACGACGACCUCCGCCAUUGCCCAGCAGCUCAUCCAAAGCCAGGGAGUGCUGGAAAAACCCACCACGAUCACCACAGCCGACUCGCUGUACCUUACCUUACCAUCAAACUCGACCAUAGUCCAUCAACCGAAGCUGGUGCAAGCGCAAAUACAGACAGCACCGAUCAUCACCAAACCGCUUAUCAAAACAACACCUCCCGAAAUGCCUGCCUUGACGGCCUCAACCACCACGAUGGCUGUGCCGAUCACACAACAGCAACAACCGACGAUCGCCAAAAUUCAGGUGCAGGCAGCGCCCCAGCCACAGCAGGUGCAGGUUCAACAGGUAGCCGUCCAGCAAGUACAGCAGAACCAGCAGACCGUCGUGCAGACGCAGCCGCAGCAACAGACCACUCAAGCCACCACACUGCAGGAGGUCGUGGAUAACGUUGUGCAACCUCGAAAGAAGAAGAUAAAGGUUCAGCAAAUCAUUACUACUCAGACGAACGCGUCCGUGCCUUCGACGGUGACCGUCACAACCACCGGUUCGGGUCAGUCGGGCGAAGCAGAGCUUUACGAGACGGACACGUUCACCAUCACCAAGGAUACGCAUGUAGACCAGGAUCAAGAUCAAUACACCGAAUCUGGACAAACAUCAAGUACGUCGCUGAAAAUGGAAAUACCAGAGUUUAUCAACGUUGGAGAAUCGAUCAAUUCCGGUAACGACAUGAGUAAAACGUUUAUCGAAGAAAGCUACGAGCUUGUGUCGGAAAAUAUUGAGGAAAAAGACGACGACGAGGAUAUGGCCCAGGAUAACAUCGAAAUAGAAGGCACGGAUAUGGAUAUGAGUCGCAUUUUCCAAGGAACGACAGACGACCAGACCAAAUCCAAUAUUUUGCAAGUAACCUUGGAAAAGAUAGAGAUCACCACCCAGCAAAAGGCACACAAGUGUCCGGAAUGCCGACGCACUUUCUGCUCGAUGAAUGCCAUGAAACGACAUCGUCAGGCGAAGCACUCAGACUCACAGGAUUCCUUCCUCUGUGCCCUCUGCGAUGCCCGGUUCAAGACCAAGUGGUCCCUGUCGACGCACAAGUCAAAGUAUCACCGGGGUCAGACUGCAACCGGCACCGUUGAGAUCAGUGCUGGUGCCAACGAGGGUACUAUCAUCGUACCGGACCACAAACCUCAAUCGAAUGGCUCGAAAAAGACCGUGAGCGGUACCAUCAUCACCCGCCUGAAGAACCGAGCCAUGACACCAGAUGUCUCCUAA